AUGUCUAAGCUAGGCAACAGCAACCUCACCAUUGUCCUUACACAUGUAGACGAACAGAGUGUGUGUAUCGACCUAGACCCGACAGGUAAUCCAGAUUCCGGGCUUCCAACCGCUAUGACUUUAGGCGAUCGGAUGAAUGUUAUUCCGCGAUAUGAAGACGACUCAUCGCUCCGUUCAAGAGGGGCCGUCAACUUGGAGGAUAGCAGCAGGAGCAAGUUAACCUUUAUCAUCAUUUGCACCACCUACAUCAAGCCGAUCCACCUCUCCUCUAUCAAGCUGACCUACCUCGCCGCUGUCAUCGAACACGUAUAUACACCGAACCACUUCACCCACCGUCGCAGCCAUUCCGAACAAUUCAGUCACGUUGUACUACAUUCCCAACUACAUUCCAGGGCAAGCGGAGCCCUUUUCAUAAUCAACACCGUUCAAGCAGAUUUCGAUCCCCUAAGGGGGGGAAUCGUUUGGAUCUUCGUGGCUGAGCCGGUAGCUGUGCGAUUGGCCCCAAGAGGAAAUGAAGCGUACUGGCUCAAACGGGAUUCAAUUGUCUCUACUUUGCUCAGAGUCAACAACCCACUCCCUCUUCCAUGGAGGUUGAAAAAACCAACGGUGAUGAUCGGUUGUUGGAGCAUUGGCUGCUGGUGGCCUACCAUGCUGCUGAAUUACAUGUGCUACAAUAAAAGUAGCCUGAGUACCGUGCCGCAGGACAACCCUGCUGUGCCGCGUGCGAACAGCUCCAAUCCAGACCAAUCGCCAAACGACCACAUCUGUGUUAAGCCCAUAGUAAUCCAACGCUCCAAUCCAGACCAAUCGCCAAACGACCACAUCUGUGUUAAGCCCAUAGUAAUCCAACGCUCCAAUCCAGACCAAUCGCCAAACGACCACAUCUGUGUUAAGCCCAUAGUAAUCCAACGGUACCCUCCAAUCCAGACCAAUCGCCAAACGACCACAUCUGUGUUAAGCCCAUACCUUGAAUACGCGCCGCCAAUCCAGCCGUUCCUUGUGCAUUUUGCGGGAAGAUUAGAUGCCGGAAUGGAGCCCGCAUCUGCCCGACCUGACAGAAACAAUACUCUAACCCCACUCUUUUCAAAUAUAAAUGACUGCUCAGACGCCCGAGACAGGAAAAGAAGACACAACUUCUAA